UUAUAGAAAAUAUACAUAUCAAACAUAGCUUUAUGACUCAAGGACGUCUACUGCAUACAGACAAGCGUUACCUUUCUUGACACGGAAAAGAGCAUGUGACCAUGUUUGAACAAUGAUAAGAAAAGUGAAUUUGCUGGUAAAUACCAGGUGUAUUGAUUCGAAUUGACAGACCAAAGGUAACAUCUAAAUAAAUGAACACGCCGGGAUUAUAAGUGGGUUGUGAAUUAUUUAUUUUCAAAAAAGUCUUAUACUGCAAAAGGACUGUCACUCCAAAACGCCAUUUGAUAAAACGAAGCAGUCCCGUUUCUGACGGUGAUGAAUUUUCAUGGUUGUCAUCACCAAUUUCGACGUCCACGUGAAUACGACGAGCCCCCGCUGCCAGCGUCGUCACAGUACUCGGACCAGUCCACGACCACUGACGGUCUGUACGCCUCCAUCAGACCUUCUAACAUCACCAAUGUAGGCCCGGCCUCGUUUGACGACUUCAGUGAGGAUGAUAAUAGUCACGAAGAGCAGCAUACAUCUCAUUUCCAUGGGAAACUAAAGCGGUUGCGUUUUUACCUCAUGGUGAUGUUCAUUAUGUGGUGUUUACAGAUGUUAGCCAUAGUUGUGGUGGGGGCUGUGAUUCACCUUCAUCGACAUGACGGCGGCAAAGCAUCUACCGGGGAAACGACCGCUCUUUUGAGCAAACCGAUAGACAUGAUUCAAAGCCUUGAUUUAGAGAACGAGUACGGUGGUCCGGCAAAUAUGUGUGCACCAGGCUCAGAUAUCAGGAACCAAAUAGGAAACUGCACCAUAUUUCAAGUAUUGAAAUGGCUCGUGGACAAUUCUGAAAAGAAAGAACAAGCAACUAUGGAAGAAGUGAAUAAAUCCAACAGCACUGUUGAUUCACUGAAUAAAGUGUUGAAUGGUUUGUUGGGAAAUAUUUCGAGUUUGGCCACACACAGUCACCUGCAAGAGAGAGGGAUGGACAACAUCACGCGGAAACUGAAUAACUUGGCAAGGGAGUUAUAUGAUGUCCAAACAUCCCGAAACAGUGACGCCCCAUUGACAUUAGCACACCUAAGAGGCGAGGUCGAAAACAACACUCUUACAUGGAAAGAAGAUGUGGAAUUAAUUCUCAAGGGGGACGUCCGAUA